AUGGGGCUGCCUAAGCAGGUGCAAGCCGAGGGCAGCGGGCAGCCCGUGUGGCCCGCGGGUGCGCCGCCGGAGGAGGGAGCGCCGGCCCUGUCCGGGGCACCAGCGCCGUCCUCGCGGCCGCCGUCCGCCGCCGCCGCGCCCCCCUCCACCCCCGGGCCGACGCCAGUCGCGCAGCCGCCCCGGCCGCCCUCGGAGCCCCUGGAGCCUGAGCCGCAUAUAAUCCACAAGGCGACGGUGAUGCGCGAGGCGGCGGAGAAGCGACGCGAGAUGCCCGACCCGGACGACGACGAGGAGCACCUGGGCGCGCUCUCGCCGCCGUCGCACAUCAUCCGCAAGCCGACGCCGCGCACCCUGCCCUCCCCCGCGCCCGCCCCGGCCGCGCCCAGCCCCUCGCCCGCGCGCCCGCCCUCCGCCGCGCCGCUCGCACCUCCCGCCGCCGAGCAGCAUAUCGAGCAGCACGCGCAGUACCGCGCGUCGGUGCAGUGCGUCCAAACUCCGACCGCGCGGCCGCCUGAACAGUACGCGCCCAGCAGGCCGCCGGACCCGUACUCCUCCUCGCGACCGCCGGAGCCGUACGUCCGCUACCAGUACGAGUCGGCCGUACACGACGGCGGCCGCAAUUCACACGGGCCGGCGAUCGCGUCGCCCCAGCCUGCCUCUGCUCGCCACAGUCCGCAGACCUAUUCGAGAUUGACAAGUGUAAUUCCGCAGCACACCGCUACGCGACUACGCGAAUCUGCAGCGCACAGCCCACCGUCCUCGCGCUACCCGCACCCUCCGCCGCCGCACAAUGAUCGCGUUCCACCAAUACAUCACCCGCAGCCCACACCCCCGACUCAGAGGGUGGGUGUUUUGGACGGGCGACCGACCCAAGCUUACCUGCCUUUGGUGCAUCGACGUGAACCAUCUUUACCAAGGACGUCCCACUAUGAGAGGCACCCAACGAUUCCACCGCGGAAGUAUGAUCCACAGCAGGCGUACUCCGGUUAUAGACCUACACUCCCAACGCCACAGGCUAUGCAAAACCAUCGUGUCGAAAUGCUGCCGCAAUACAAACAUGGUGGAAUUGAAGUUUUAAAUACACAUUAUCCGGCGAGACAGCCGGAUCGUACGCCAAUACAACCUCAGUCGGUAAAUAACGAGGCCGCUCGAAUAUCCUCGAGAGUAGAUUUCCACAGCAAAAGUAAGUCUGUUGAGCCUAGACCAGGUUACCGUUAUUCAUCACCAUCAACAUCAAAUGUUAGAUAUGCACCUAGUGCUCAAAUGCCGGUCGUUCAUAAUAAUACUGCACUGCAACCGAGGGCGUCCUAUCGAUCGGUGGCUGCUCCAAAGACAAACUAUGAUUAUUCAGCUACUAAUCAAGUUCACACGUCACCCUCACGUUCUUCAGCAAAGGCUGGGUAUGCUAAUCAGCAAACACGAAUGACUGUGUCCGUAACAUCCAUCGUAAAUGAGAUCAAUCAAUCUAAACAAAAGAGAGAGUCACCUCUCGAUUUGUCUGUAAAAACUGUUAAGAAUUCAGCUGAUUCUUCAACCACUCAAGAUGAUGUUGUUGAUUCCGCAUCUAUGGAAAGUAAAACAAUUCAUUUUCAACCACGUCCAAGUUCAAGUAGUCGGCAUGUACCUCCUUUACCUGGCUACGUUGUAUCUCAUAAAGUUGAUUUUGCACCAGAUUUUACUCAGUACAGGGAAAGAAACCCAAAUCAUAAUUAUAGUGCACCACCACAGCAAGUGCGAUAUAAUGGAGCAUACGAAACUCCAAGACCUGUUUCUGAGCCUUACACUAUAGAAUCUCGACAUCCAGUAUACAAUUCGGAACGGAGUAAAUACAAUGGUCCUAUACAACCAAGAACUGAUUUUGUUCCUAGAAUAGAUCUCACUAGACCAGUUAUUGAUGAAAGACAUGUAGAAAGACCACUUCGAGAAGAGCCUCAAAUCACAAUGGAGGAACGUAAGCGUCCAUCUGGCCCGAUUUUAAACAACAUUCCUGAAAAAUUAGUGAGGUAUGAAACCUGGUCUUCUGACAGUCGGAUAGAGCGUAUGAACCAGUCAGCCCGCGAGCAACAUGAGCUGAUGAGCCGCCCCGUGUAUAGUUAUAGCAGUCAUAAAAGAUUUGAAGCGUAUCAAAACGACCAAAAACGAGUUGUUACAUCAAAUAUGUAUCGCGAACAUCAUCCUCAUACAACACAAAAACUCUCCAAUCCUCGUGUGUAUCCAGAAAAGACUAAUCGUGAAAUUAGUGAUUAUCAUGCGCAAUAUCACGAUCGGAUUCCGUCUAGUAGCCGUCAUGUAAUACAGAAAAUUCCGAGCCAUAGAGAUUUACAUCUUCAUCAUUUAGAUUCACAAAAUGGUCCUGCGAACAAGAGCGUUUUAAGUAUAUUACGUAAUAGUUUAGAGACUAAGCAAACCGGAUACGUUGAACCAGCUAGGCCUGCGCGCCAAAUACCGGAUCUCAUUGUUAUAGACGAUGUGGAUGAUUCAGUUAUAGAAAUUACUGAUUUAACGAAAGAAGGUGAAACCGAAUCUAUUAGUAAAAUAAAUCUGAAAACCCCACAGAAUCAAAAUCCAUCUACACUUGGUCACAACAUUCAAAUGCCUAAAGCUGUAGAUUCUAUUGCUCGCGACUCUGAUUAUCAAAAAAGCGAUAAUACAGAAUCAAAAAGCAAAUCUCCUGAAAGUGAUGUUGCGUCUAGAAUAAGGACUAAAGCAGAAUUAAAAGUGAUGCCACCAUCUCAAGAUAAUACAAAACCAGAUAAAUGUUCAGAAAGUACGUCUUCUGAUACGGAGAAAGUAAAGUUACUCCCAAAAUCUCAGAAACAACAUCUUUUUAAUCAAAUUAGAGAAGACAAUUUACGGUUAGAAUCAGUAAUAAAAAAUGAUAGGCCUAUCAAUAAUUUUAUAGCUGAAGUUAAAUCGGAGCCAAUGAAUAUUGAUGAAAUAGAAAAAGAUGCUAUUGCACCGAUUAAAACCGAAACUGUUAUAAGAAGUUUGGAACCAGAAAAUUUUAUACCUUCGGAAGUGCCACCAUCCGAAGAUUUAGACUGGGCAAGUGCUUGUGACAAUUUUAUGGAACAACUCAAGAUGUCAACUCAAGGCUGUCUGCGAAAAAAAUCAAAUAGAAAACGAAAUGACACAUUAGAGCCCGAAAGUGAAAUAAAUCUUAAAUGCACAAAUAUUGAAUCUGAAGAAAGUAAUAAUGAUAAAACCGAAAUUAACUUAACGUCCGCUGUAGAAAUAAAACAAGAGCCUGUUGAUGACACUGAACAAAUAGAGUCUGAAGUAACUAUCUCAAAUAUUGUAGAAUCUGAAAGCACCAAACUUCCAACUAAAGAAGAAAAUAAAAGUUGCGGAAUAAUGAAAAAAAAUAAUGAAAAAGUAAACGGAAAACCGACCAAAUCUAAUAAAAUACAAGGAAAAGGUAAAACAAAAUCCGAAAAGAAAGAGUCUCUGGUUACUACUUCUGCAGGUCCUUCUGUGACAACUAAUAAAAAUGACAAUGACACAAUUAAAACGGUUAUAAAAGAAGAAGAAGAAUCGACAGAUGACGACGAGCCAUUGAUUAAAAGCAAAAUUAUGAAAGAGAAAGUGCAGAGAGAGCUUAAAUAUCAGAUGCUUAAAGAUUUGUCCGAAAAAUCUGCAUAUGUUAAGUUGGAGUGCUGUGAUGAACGUUUGAGUGUGAGUAGUAGAAGGUCUACAGAGACGUUAUCUAAAGAAAAAUUAGAAAGACAAAGUAAAGGAAAAUCUAACAGAAUUAUGACAAAAUCAAAAGCUAAGCCUUCAUCAAUUGAAAAUAAAAUUGAAAAACGAAUUGAUAAUUCAAGUUCGGACAGUGAAAAUGACGAUAUGACAGUUGCAAGUAGACUUCGUGUGCGUAAAAGCAUUAAAACAGAAGACAACAAAAGUACUACAGUAAAUAAGAGUCCUAUAAAAUCAUCUCCGUCUAAGAAACAAGAUACGAGUAGUGCAAGCAAUAGUUCAACCCCGAUUCGCAAACCUGGGUUUGGUGACGGUUCAGACUUUCAUCCAGGAUGGGAAGAAGAAUUGUAUAGAUAUAAGAGAUCACUACGAAUGCCUACAAGACUAAUAGCCAUACCACGCGGUCGAUCAGGUGGGCCAUUUACUAAAGCUUCGGGUAAUCUAUUUACACGGGGUUCGACUUCACUCCCUGAUUUAGAUCCAAUGCCUCUUUCGCCUGCCCCAUCAUCAGCUCAAUCAGCAGCUACUGAUGACUUAUAUGCUAGGCGACCUGAUAAAAUGACUUUAGACAGUGAUUUAGAAUCUAAUUCGAGUUGUUCAGCACCUAAUCGUCUACAUUAUGAUUCGGAAGCGUCAACGUCUACUGUGUUUUCUGUUAGUAAAGUUAAAAAGAAAUCUAGCUCAAUUGUGGACGUUCUCAUACAAAAAUGUGGGAAAAAGGAAGAAUCAAAAAAGAAGUGUAAGGAUAAAGAUGAAAAAAGUCUCAAAAUUAUUCCAAAAAAUUCGAAUGUAUGUGAAUUAUUACCAACUCCAAGUUUAGGCCUUGUAAAAAAUGGAAAUAAAGGUAACUUAAGUGCUAAAAAAGAAAAACUAAUGGAAGAUAUAUUUUAUUUGGGAGCAUUUAGAAAAGAAACUGUAACCGCUUUCCGUCACGCUUUUAUUGAGAACACUGAAGGCUUAAUAGGUGCCACCGAAGAAUUUGCACCAGUUAUAUUAAAAUCUAGGACACGAACAGAGAGUCGAGUAUUAAAGCAGCGAGCAACAAUAAAAGAAGUGUUCGGGGACGAAAGGCCAGCUUCAGCUCCACCAUCGACAGGUAGAAACAACGAGGAGCAAGAACAUGAAGAAGUUAAAGAAGAAAGAGUAGUCGAAGUAAUGAAAGAACCAGAGUCCAAACCAAAAUUUAAACCUCGAAAAAUCGUCAAGGAAAAGCUCAAGCGAAGAUCGAGCUCGAUACGAGACGGCUUAAGAAGUACUAAAUCGUUAAAACGCAAUGACGCAAAGGGCAGAUUACUGCGACUGAAAAAGAGAAACAAUUUAAUGAAAAAUUUUAAUGCGAAACGUAAAGAAUCUACUAAUAAAGUAAAGAAAGAUAAGACUCCCGCGGAUGACAAAGACAAUACGAAGGAAGAAGGCAGUUCACCCGGGACAGCCGAGGUGAACAAUAAAAGAAGGUUUAAACGUUUAUUCGGACGUAGAAAAUUCAGUUCAGGAUUUGAUUACAUCCGGAAGAAGAAGAAGAUGAUAAGGAAAGAAGACAAUAAUUGUAACAAAAUUCGCCGGCCGGCUCCGAAGCCAAGUCCAGAGUCCGUCCAUGAUAUACAGAAGGAGAUUAAAAGUUGGUUCAUAAAUAAAAGUAUUGGGGAAACGCAUUUACAUAGAGCUGCAAGACUUGGGUUCACUGACUGUGUGGCAUAUUGCCUAGAGAAAAUGGAAUCCGAUCCCUCGGCGAAGGACAACGCUGGUUUUACGCCGUUACAUGUGGCAGCUGCGAAGGGUCACGUCCGAAUCGCCCGUUUGCUUCUUCAGUACGGUGCUAACGUAUCUGCUGCCGCGCAAGGAGGAAUCAGGCCGCUGCACGAAGCGUCCGAAAACUGCCACGUGGAGGUCAUUCGGCUGCUACUGUCGUACGGGGCGGACCCCCUGCUGGUGACGUACGCGGGGCAAACUCCGCAGGAGCUGGCCGAUGGCGCGGCCGAAGUGCUGCUGCGUCUUCACAUAGCCGAUGUGCAGGGAAAGGCGGUGGAGCCCUGGCGGUUCCCUCCACCCGCCGACGUCGUAGACCGCGAAGAGCUCGGCUGCGAUCCGCUGCUGUCGCCGCCACCGGCCUCGCCGCCCCCACCGCCCGACUCGACCAUAGAGAUACAGACCACGGACGCGCCGUUGCCGCCAUUUUACAGCCUACGCUCGACUUCCGGGCAGCCGGCGGACGGUCUAUGGUGUCUGCUACAGGACAUCACUAACAUAUUGCAGAUAAAAUCAAAGGAGAGCCUGUUGAAACAAAUCCACUGCGGUUCGGGAUCGCCCAAGGAGUUGCUGCGCGAGAUUCGAACCCAAGAAUUCCUGGAGAGGGCGCAGUGCCACCAACUCCUGUGCGCCGGAGAAAAAGUGAACGUUCGCGCUUCUAAAGUCGCCCUCAUAAGGGUCACCGAUAAGUUGAGGCAACUCCUGAAAAUCGAAACAGUGCUUAUUAGC